GAAGCAGAACGACUGCAGGUGCGUGAGCCGGGAGGGGGCGUGGCUACAGUCUACCUGCAGCAGCUCGAUCGGCUUCAGGUUACUCGCUGCGUGUCAGCGGCUGUUUAUUUGUGUCUCUUGGAGAGUGAACCUUAAACCUUUUCCCCGACGACUUUGCAGCCUUUUACAAGAGGAGUUUACCUGAAUGAGCUGAAGUGUUUUUGUCUGUUCGUGUUGUCAUUUUCUCAAAGUAGCCACAGGUGAAGUUAAUCAUCACCAGGUAGAGGUCACAUGUCAGGAUGAGAGAAGAAUGACAUGACAGAGUCCCUGCACCUGAAAGAAAUCACCUGACACCUCCAGAGGAAGUGAAGGAUAUGGAGGUGUCAUUGGAUUUGUGUGACUCUUUCUGCACCUCAUCUCCACUCGAACUGAAUGAGAAGGUGGUACAACAUGUGGACUUUAGCCGGAGCCUGGAUGGAGACCUGCAGGAAUGUGGCGAGUUAGACAGACGGUGGGUCCUCUGGCAUGAAUUUAUGAAUGACCAUGACCACUUGGAUGCCUGGCUGCAUUUGGCUGAACAAGCUGUCAGUUCCCCUAAACACGCCCACAGCACGUAUAUGGUCGCCAAGGAAGAGCUGAGAAAAUUAGAGAGGCUGCAUUCUGAGGCAAGAUCUCGACUAGUGCAGUUGGAUAGUUUGACCCACAGGAAUCAAGCCUUGACUCAACUAUUUCAUGGCGCCAUCCGGACUCGGCUGCUGAGGUUGACGAGGGAAUGUGGGCAGCGAUGGAAUGAUGUGAACACCAGACUGGAAUCUUUGACAUCUGAGCUGAAGAUCUUUAUCUCAGAGUGGGAGGAGUUUGACUCGGAGAGGGAGGAGCUUGCUCUCCUGUUGGCUGACCUGGAUAUCCAUCUGACGGAGGUGGAGCACCUGACAGAAAGCCCUUGUGACAGACUGAGACGACUCCAGUCCUUCCAGCAGUGCGUGUGUGAGAGUUCUGGCCGUGUGAACACCCUGCUGCAGCGUGGCGAGGCGCUAAUGCAACGUAUCGAGCCGCCUGAUGCUCAGCAUGUGGAGAGUCGUCUACUGGAGCUUCUGCAACGCUGCAGUCACAUCUACAACAACAUUGCACGAACACACACCAGGCUGCUCAGCAUGAGAUUGGUGUUUGAGGAUGACUGGAUUCUGUCUGAAGCUCCAGACUCUGGUUGUCCUUCAGAGUCUCUGUUGGAUGAUGACUGGGUGCUUGAGAAAUCGCAGCAAAACCGUGCUGCAACUCCACAGCUGAAGUGUGCUGCAACUCCACUCCAUCCCCAAAACAAAGCCUCACCCAUUCACCUGUCUCCUCCUCCUCCUUCCCGAGCCUCUCCUACCCAUGACCACCUGGGGCUCGAGUGGGACCCAUCAGUCGACAUCGGGCACUCUGUCUCCUGUGACGAUGGCGAUUCAUCAUAUUUCAGUGCCAGCACAGCUCUGUACCGCAGAGACAGUCUGAAGAGACGGAGCUACCUCAGUUCACUCAGCUCUCCAUCUGACAUCAGUAAUGACAUCACCAACCAGGACGCAGCUUUGUGGUCGGAGGGAUGGUGUGACCCUGCCGAACCUGGUAUCUUCUCACCAGCCAUGACUCAGGAGGACAGAGCCCCACCCUUCAGGAAGCACUGGAUGAUGAUCACUCCUGACACACAGGACUGUGAACCUAUCGGCUUUGAUGGCCAGCGUGUGAGGGCGUGGCUAGGAGUAUCAAGCCCCACCCUUCUUGAGACAAGUUCCUGUUCCAAGACUGUGCAGACUGAGGUGGAGGCCGAAGACUAUCCGUCUUGUGGUGACGAACCCAAGCUCGUCUCUGAACACAGGUCAGAAGAUAAAACUUUUCAGAGUUCAGACACUAUUUCAAAGGAGCACAAACAAAAUCAGAACUAUUUGGAGCUACAGCAGCAGGGCUCUUCCCUCCCUGAUGUCUCCAGCUGUCUUCUACCCGCUCCUUGCUGCAGUUCUGAUUCUGCUGAUCUGCUGUGUCCUGGACCAGCCAUGUCACCCUGCACUGCAGCAGAGAGGAAGCAGCUCCAGAGGGUUCUAAACACUGCCCAGAGACUGAUUGGCUGCUCUCUUCCAUUCCUGGAGGAGAUCUACAAGACCCGCUGCCUUCAGAGAGUCCAUACGUUCACCACUGCUCUUGAACAAGUUUUCCAGCACACGGCUCCAGGGCGUGAGGCAGUGUGCUCGCUCAUGAGGCUGAAGCAGGGCAGCCGCCGGGUCACUGAUUACACCACAGACUUCCGCAUUCUUGCAGCUAAAAGUGAGUGGAACCCGGCGGCUUUUCUUGAUGUCUUCUUCCAGGGUCUGUCCGCCAACAUUCAGGACCAACUCAUAGCUGUCAACUUGCCAGACGAUUUGGAUGGUCUGAUAGCACUGGCCAUCCACACGGAUCGUCAUCUGCGGGACUGA